AUGAAGGAACUAGGAACUGCGAAUGCUACCAAUCCAAAGCAGGAUGAACGUGUUUGGGUACCAGAUGCUAUUGAAGGCUUUGUGUUGGGAGUCGUAAUCCGGAAUGUAGCAGGUGAUCGUGUAUUAUUGAGGAUUGAAGAUACAGGUCGCGAGAAAACCAUAUGUCGAGAAGAACUGCAAUCUGUUAAUCCAGCUAAAUUAGACAAAAUAGAAGAUAUGUCGUCUCUCUCAUACUUAAACGAAGCUUGUGUGCUACACAACCUUCGGCAGCGAUAUUAUUCAUCACUUAUAUAUACGUAUUCCGGCUUAUUUUGUGUCGUUAUUAAUCCGUACAAGUGGAUGCCUCAUAUUUAUUCAACGACAGUGAUGAAAAGUUAUCGUGGACGAAAGCGACAUGAAGUACCUCCUCAUGUAUUCGCUGUGACUGACUGUGCUUAUCAUGAAAUGUUGCACCAGCGAGAGGAUCAAUCCAUUCUUUGUACUGGAGAAUCAGGUGCCGGGAAAACGGAAAAUACAAAGAAAGUAGUCCAGUAUUUAGCGGAUAUUGCGGGUGCUGGACGACACAUGCGUUCAUCAGUUGCUAGGAGUCCCGGAAAGAGCCUGUUGCUGACGUCGUUAUCAAGGUCGCCUAUUUCGGAAAGCAUGUCAUCUGUCGGCCAAUUGGAAGAUCAGUUACUAUUAGCAAACCCGAUUCUCGAGGCUUUUGGUAAUAGUAAAACAAUCAAGAACGAUAAUUCCUCGAGAUUUGGUAAAUUUAUCAGGAUAAAUUUUGAUCAGAGUGGUUGCAUAUCGGGUGCAAAUAUCGAAUAUUAUUUGUUGGAAAAAUCGCGCACUAUUCGACAGGCAACAAAUGAACGAUCAUUCCACUUUUUUUAUCAGUUGUUACUUGGAUCACCUGUUAGCAAGAAAAGUAUGUUUUUAAUGGAUGAUAUCGACAGCUACCAUUUCCUUACGAAUGGAAGUCUCAUCAUCCCGAAUGUUGAUGAUGCUUCCGAAUUGUCAAAUACUUUGAAUGCAAUGAAAGGGAUGGAUUUUUCGGAUGCAGAUAUUGAUGCAAUCAUGCGAAUAACAUGUGCAAUUUUACUAUUAGGAAACUUGACCUUCACCGAAGAUCGUACUUCUGAUCAAGCAAUACUUGUCGAUGAUAGAGUUGCUCAAAAAAUAUGUUGCUUACUUGGAUUGUCAGUUUCGGAUUUAGCGAAAGCAUUUUUGAAACCGCGAGUAAAGGUUGGCCGUGAUUAUGUGCAUAAAGCUCAAACUCGUGAGCAAGUACAGUAUGCGGUUGAAGCUAUUGCAAAAGCAAGCUAUGAACGAAUGUUCCGGUGGUUGAUGGCGCGAAUUAAUCGUUCUUUGGGGCGUUCAGCAGACAUUGGGACUACUUUCAUUGGUAUACUCGAUAUUGCCGGAUUUGAAAUAUUCGAAUUAAACUCUUUCGAACAGUUAUGCAUAAACUACACCAAUGAAAAAUUGCAACAGUUAUUCAAUAAUACAAUGUUUAUUUUGGAGCAAGAAAUGUAUCGAAAAGAAGGAAUUGAAUGGAAUUUUAUUGACUUUGGUCUUGACUUACAACCUACUAUUGAUCUUAUCGAAAAGCCAUUAGGUGUUUUGUCAUUGUUGGACGAACAGUGUAUAUUUCCGAAAUCGACUGAUAAAUCGUACGUGGAGAAGCUAAUUGCUAAUCAAUCGAAACACCCGAAAUUUAUUAUUCCUGAAUUUAGAACAAAAUCGGAUUUCGCUAUUGUACAUUAUGCAGGCCGCGUAGAUUAUUCUGCAGAUCAAUGGUUAAUGAAAAACAUGGAUCCAUUGAAUGAUUCGGUUGUGUUUUUACUUCAAAACUCGGGGGAUCAGUUUGUGGCAGAAAUAUGGAGGAAUGCGGAAUUUGCAAGUCUGGGAAUGGCUGACCAAACAGAUUAUGUAUUUGGCGCACGAACCAAGCGAGGAAUGUUUCGUACGGUUGGGCAAACAUACAAAGAGCAGUUGUCACGACUAAUGAAAACACUGCAGAAUACUUUCCCUCAUUUUGUUCGAUGUAUUGUUCCAAACAAUGAGAAAAAGGCUGGUGUCAUUAAUGGGCCGUUAGUACUAGAGCAACUUCGUUGUAACGGUGUUUUGGAAGGUAUUCGUAUUUGUCGACAAGGUUAUCCAAACAGAAUGCCGUUCCAUGACUUUCGUCGAAGAUAUGAAUUGCUUGUUGAUCGAGGAACUAUUCCUCCUGGUUUCUUGGAUGGAAAAGAAACCGUUAGGCGACUUCUCGCUGCACUAGAAGUGGAUGCAAGUCUCUUUCGUAUCGGUCAAUCGAAAGUAUUUUUCCGAUCAGGUGUUAUCGCUGCUUUAGAAGAAAUGCGUGAUAAAGAGUUACAACAUUUCGUGAUUCAGUUUCAAACUUACUGCCGCGGUUAUCUUUCUCGCCGUGCUUUCAAGAAACUUUUGCAACAAAUUUCUGCGAUUCGGAUAAUCCAGAGGAAUGGUUUAGCUUGGUCACGGUUGAAAGAUUGGAAUUGGUGGAGAUUGUUCGCUAAGGUCAAACCUCUUUUGGAAGUUACUGCAAGUGAAGAAGCCAUAGCUGGCAAGGAGUCGGAAUUGAAAUCUUUGCGGGAAACGUUGCUUCAAAAAGAAUAUACUUUGUCGGAUUAUAUAACUCGCAUUGAACAGCUAACGAAUGAUCGUACCGAAUUACAAAAAUUAUUAAAAGAGGAAAGCGUAGAGAAAACGGAAAUAGAAGAUGUGAAAGAUCAACUGCUUUCAAUGAAAUUGCAUCUGGAAAAAGAGGUCGAAAGUUUCAGACAAAAGUUUGAGGAAAAGGAAGCUGAAUGUAUUUCCGUUUCUGCGAAAUGUAAAAAAUUAGAGGAUGAUGCGACAACUCUUAGAGACCAACUUCGGGUGGAAAAUGGAAAAUACGAGCAAUUAAAAUUGUCUUAUACCUCUACUGAUCAGAAAUUGAGAAAUAUUGCCAUAGAGAAAGAUCGAUUUUUUGAAGCAAAUGAAAAGAUGACAAAGGAGAAAGCACUGCUUGAGGGAAGACUUGCUGCUGCUACUCAAAAAAUUGUUGUCGAAGAAGAGCAAAAUCGGCAGAACGUCAAAUUAAGAGCGAAAUUGGAAGCAAAAGUAACAGAUUACGAACAGGAGAAUCAAAGGCUUAAGAAGCACAUUGGAAUGACAGAAUCAGCAAACCACAAACUUACUACAGAAAUACGUGAUAUUCGGGAUGGGAGUGAGGAACUGUUGAGGAAGCUAAACGAAUUAAGUGUUCAACUUCAUAAAAAAGAUGAGGAACUCAUUGCAAUUCUUACACGCUGCGAUGAAGAACAGUCACAAAAACAAAAUUUGAUGAAGCAGACAAAGGAAUUAAUGUUAGAAUUGCAAGAAGUGAGAGAAGAUUUGGAAAAUGAAAAAGUUUUAAGGGUUAAAUCAGAAAAGGGAAAACGAGAUUUUUUGGAAGAGUUAGAAGCGAUGAAGCAGGAGUUAAUGGAAUCACAAGAUAAAACACAAGCCAACGUAGAAUUACGAACUGAACGUGAGAAGCAAUACUUAUCGAUCAAAAAGCAGCUUGAAGAAACAGCAAUACAACACGAACAAAAUGUUGCAGAAUUGAAAGCUAAACAUUUGCAACAAUUGGAUUCUAUUAGAGUCGAGAACGACCAAUUAAAAAAACAAAUGCAGCAGAUAAUUAAAACAAAGAACCGCAUGGAAAAUGAAUUGCAAGAAAAAAUCGUUGCGAUUCAGCGGAAUCAAUCCACUAACAUGGAAAAUGAACGGAAAAGAAAGAAUGCGGAGAACUUAUUAAAUGAAUGGCAAAUGAAAGCUCAGGAAGCUGAAAAAAAUGCUACGGAAUUAAAGUUUACAUUAACAAAAGUACAGUCAGAAGUUGAAAGACUUACUCAGGAAUUGGAAAGCAAUGAAAGCGUUGUAUUAGUUUUGCAUAAGAAAGUGGCAGCUGCAGAAGCUCAGAUCACUGAUUUAAGCGAUGCGAACAAUCUGGAAAAAUCUCAGAACGAAGCACUCCGAGCGAAGCUGCGAACUCAGGAUGAUAUAUUAGAAAAUUUGCAAGAAAACAAAGAGCAUAAUGUAUUUACAAUUCAGAAGAGUGAAAAGGAGAUAAAUUUUCUGAAGCAACAGCUGACUGAUGCAAAAAAAAAGAGUGAUGAAAUGCUACUCCUCCAAACAGAAGAGUUGCGUAAAAAAGUGAUGAAAGAGGUGGAAGUUUAUAAGAAGGAGUUGGAGCAAAGUGAAUAUGCUCGUGCUCGCAGUGAGAAGGCAAAAGAGAAGUUAAGGCAGGAGAACGAAGAUAUGCUAAACGAACUGAAUAAACUGCAGUUCAGUUUGCGUGAAAUGGAAAAGAAGCAACGGAAAUUUGAUCAAGUGCUCGAAGAAGAAAAGUCAAAUUUGGCAAAAGUUAUCAUAGAACGUGAUAGGCUUGCACAGGAGCUUCGUAAUCAUGAAUCGAAUGCACUACUGAUAGCAAAGGAAACUAAUAUUCUAAGAAGCCGAAUUGCUGAACUAGAAAAUAUUCGCAAUACGCUACAAUUGGACCUUGAUAAUGCUGUCACCAUGAAAGACGACACUGGUCGCAGUGUUUUGGAACUUGAUCGAAUAAAGCGCCAAUUAGAGGCCGAAUUAGCAAAUGCAAAAGAGACGAUUACCGAACUGGAAGAUAACUUGCAGCUUACCGAAGAUGCAAAAUUACGGUUAGAUGUGACACUGCAGGCGACAAAUGCUGAACUAGAUAAAAUUCGCAAUGAUAAGGAGCGAGAUGACGACGAACGACGUAAAACGAUGCUACGAAAGCUUGGUGACAUGGAAAGUGAAUUGGAAUCGGAGCGUCGUGCAAGGUUAAUUUUGUUACAACAAAAACGAAAGUUGGAGGUCGAUUUGCACCAUUCAUUGGAACAGGUGGAAGCUAUUGCCGCCCAAAAAGAAGAAUUUUCACGGCAGCUUCGGAAAUGCAAUUUACAUUUGAAAGAUUUGCAGUUGGAAACAGAAGAAUCGAAAAACGUCAAAGAUGCGGCAUUGCUGCGGGUACAGGAUAUGGAGAAAAGGUUGAAGCUAUUGGAGGAUGAAUUAGCAAGCGCAGCGGAAACAAAUAUUCAAAUAGCCGCAGAUAGGCGCCGUGCAGAGAGAGAAAGGGAUGAUGCUAUCGAAGAGCUUAGUGUUAAAAGUAGUUUGAUGAGUAGUGAAGACAAGAAGAGAUUGGAAUCGAAAAUUUAUGAACUAGAGCAACUGCUUGAAGAGGAAAAGAGCAACACCGAAUUAGGCAGCGACAAACUCAAGAAAGCCCAAAUUCAGCUGGAAACACUGACAACGGAAUUAGCAGCUGAACGUUCAUUAUGUGAAAAGUUAGAAGCAGAUAAACAGAACUUUGAAAGACAGUGUAAAGAUCUAAGAGUGAAAUUAGAGGAAAUAGAAAGUGAUAUGCGUACACGUAACCGAGGACAGAUUGCUGCGCUGGAAGCGAAGCUUCAAGCAGCAAAUGAGCAGUGUGCUCAAAUGGAACAAGAACGAAAUACGGCUAGUCGACAGGUUAGACGUAUGGAGAAAAAAUUGAGUGAUACAUUGAUGAUGAACGAAGAAGAGAAGCGAAACAUAGAGCAACUGAAGGAAACUGCAGAUCGCGCGAUGGCACGGCAUCGUCAAAUGCGUCGGCAAAUCGAGGAUCUAGAAGAGGAAACCUGCCGUGAACGAUCGAAAUGUCGACAGUUGCAAAGAAAUAUUGAUGAUUUAAAUGAAGCUAAUGAAACAUUAACUCGAGAAAAUGCACAACUAAAAAGUUUAGCAGCACUUGCACGACGUCCUGGGCUCAACCGAGCAAGUACUUUACGUUUUGGAAGUGAAGCAGAUAGCGUUGGACGGAGUGCCCGAAGUUUUGGUGGUGAUAGUACUGAUUUGCUGCGGCCAAAUUCAGGAUCAACAGCAGGUUCGUAUGCCGGAGACGACCCAGAUUUUACUGCUAGUUAA